UACAUUUUCCCUUCUCUCUCCCUUUUCUACUAUCAAUUACACUUACUCUUUUUAUUCAGUAUCAUCAACAGACUCCCUAAGAUGGCGGACACGGAACUUGACGUGGACAACUUGAUAUCUCGCCUUUUGGAGGUGCGGGGAUGUCGUCCAGGCAAGAGUGUGCCGAUGACGGAGGCUGAGGUGCGCGGACUGUGCCUCAAGUCAAGGGAGAUCUUCUUGCAGCAGCCCAUCUUGCUGGAGCUUGAAGCGCCGCUCAAGAUCUGUGGGGACAUCCACGGGCAGUACACCGACCUGCUCCGUCUGUUUGAGUAUGGCAGUUUCCCACCCGAGUCCAACUAUUUGUUCCUGGGCGACUACGUGGACCGAGGCAAGCAGUCCCUGGAGACCAUCUGCCUCCUACUGGCCUACAAGAUCAAGUACCCAGAGAACUUCUUCCUCCUGCGGGGCAACCAUGAGUGUGCGUCCAUCAACAGGAUCUAUGGCUUCUUUGAUGAGUGCCGGCGAAGGUAUGGCACCAAGUUGUGGAAGACCUUUACUGACUGCUUUAACUGUCUGCCCAUCGCUGCCAUCAUUGACGAGAAAAUAUUCUGCUGCCACGGUGGCCUGAGUCCCGACCUUCAGAGCAUGGAGCAGAUCAGGCGCAUCAUGCGGCCCACCGACGUGCCCGACACUGGCCUGCUGUGUGACCUGCUGUGGUCCGACCCCGACAAGGACGUGUCAGGCUGGGGUGAGAAUGACCGUGGUGUGUCAUUCACAUUUGGAGCAGAUGUGGUCACCAAGUUCUUGAAUCGACAUGACCUUGACCUCAUAUGUCGAGCCCACCAGGUGGUUGAGGAUGGCUACGAGUUCUUUGCCAAGAGGCAGCUGGUGACCCUCUUCUCGGCCCCCAAUUACUGCGGGGAGUUUGACAAUGCUGGCGGCAUGAUGUCCGUGGAUGAAACGCUGCUCUGCUCCUUCCAGAUCUUGAAGCCAUCUGAGAAGAAAGCCAAGUACCAAUACAGUGGCCUGACCCAGAGCAGACCAAACCUUCCCAGCAGGCAGCAGCGGCAGCAACAGCAGCAGCAGCAACAGCAGUAGUAGUGAAAGGAGUAUUUUCUCAGCAUAAAUAGGCCUACUGCAGUUGUGUGUGUGUGUGUGUGUGUGUGUGCGCGUGUGUAUAUGUGUGUGUGCGUGUUCAUGUGUGUGUGUGUGUGUGUGUGUGUGUGUGUGUGUAUAUGUGUGUGUGCGUGUUCAUGUGUGUGUGUGUGUGUGUGUGUGUUUUCCUUCAUGGCUGUGUUGCUACCUUGUGGCUCAGUGUUUCCUUCUCUUUUGCUGGAGGAUGGCAGUGACAAGUCUUGCGGAAUUAGGUUCUUGGAUGGGUGCCGGAAGGGGGAGCUGAGCAGGCUGUCAUUGACCUCCAUAUCGAGGGGAUGUAUGGUCAUGUGACGCCUGGGCGAUUCUGGGGAGGAGGUCAUAUUGGCUGUGGCUCUCUUUAGCUCUGUCAGCACCAGUGUGACCUCUGACAUGAUGGCACUUGAGGAAAGGGUCUCAUUGCCUUGCUUGUUCACUUCAGAGUCAUCAGGAGAGAAGGAGGAGGAGGAGGGUGAGGUGUGUGUGUGUGUGUGUGUGUGUGUGUGUGUCCUUAUGAGAGAGAGAGAGAAGAGAGCAGAGGAGAGAGAGAGAGAGAAAACCCUCUCAUCUUUCCUGUGUGUGUGUGUGUGUGUGUGUGUGUGUGUGUGUGUGUGUGUCCUCAAGCCUUCUGGGACUAAAUGAAAUCUAUGCAUUAAGCUAAGUUUAUUGUGCUGAACUGCCUUAUUAGUACCAUAUAAUGAUUGUGUACAUAGUCUGUGUGUGUGUGUGUGUGUGUGUGUGUGUGUGUGUGUGUGUGUGUGUGUGUGUGUGUUGAUACUUAUACGUUCUUAGCUGUUUGUAUUUUUGCAGGCUUGAUAACGUCCUGUAUUUGAACAGUGUUUCAUCAUACAAACCCUCAGCAGACAUGGGUGGGCAGGUGUCUGAGGAGCCCCUUGCCAGGCCACUCCUGGCUCAGACACAGCAUGUUAAAAGAAAUGUUAACACACCCAUGUCAAGAAGUCAUAGAAGAAUAAUUAUAACAUAUACAGUUAGCAAUAUAAAGAUAAAGAAGGAAUAUUUAUGGGGAAGAGUGAACGAGUGAGUGGUCAGAGAGAAGCUGGUGUGGAACUGAUGCCUUUCAGGUGAUCUUCAUGUUCUCAUGUGAUGACACUCGGAAAGACUCUGGAAUGCAACAUCAUUAUUAUCAUUAUUAUUAUUAUUAUUAUUAUUAUUAUUAUUAUUAUUAUUAUUAUUAUUAUUAUUAUUAUUAAUUAUUAUUAUCAUUAUAAGAUCAAGUAACAAAAAACACCUUCAAUGCAAGUUCUCAAGAUGUAAAUACAUACACACAUGGAAAAUUAUAAUAGUGACACUAAUUUUACUCAUUUUGUAAGUUAUUGGCAUUAGUUCAAGUUAUAUAACCAUACAUUGUGGAGAAGACUAAAGGAGGUACCCCAGGCAGGCAGGCAGGGGGAGAGGCACCUAGGCCGGUCCUUCUCUCUCCUCCUCACUGCCACCUUCACCACCACCACCCAUGUCCUCCCAUUACCAAACGCUUGCUAGAGGGGAAUUCAUGCAACUUCAGCCAGCAAGAGAUGGCUUUAUAACAUGAUAAUUAGUAGGUCUGGCAUGUACUGAGGCAUGAGGCUGGAGAAGGGCAGUGUGUAGGUGUGGUGAGCUAUAGGGGUGUCACGUGCUCUGCCAAGGUGGUGGCUGACUGGACCUGAGCGCCUGUAAUUUUUUUGUUAGGUUCAAAACUUCCUCAUUAAAUACAAGUAUGGGAAGAGGACCAGCAGUGUUGUUAGGUGGGAAUUUACUUGCUUUGAACUUGUUAGAGAUGCGAUCUUACUGUAUUAUGAUUAUUAUUAUUAUUGUUAUUAUUAUUAUUAUUAUUAUUAUUAUUAUUAUUAUUAUUAUUAUUAUUAUUAUUAUUAUUAUUAU